CACUUUACUAUCGAGUAAUCGAACAGUGCAGGCAUCGACCCGAAGUGCCAUCACCAUUCCGUAUCCAUCUUGACAAAAAUUUUUGCAAGCGCAUAAAAUUAAACAAACCACAGCGUUGCGGACAACAAAUCGCCACUAGAACAUCCGAAAAACAGCGAGCAUGGGAAGCAACGACAGAGCAUCGAGAUCGCCGCGUUCGGAUGAUCAGCGCGAGAUCAGCGAUAUGCCGGCCACAAAAAGAUCGCGCUCCGACUCGGUAAUUGCAGACUUCAUAAACGCACGAUGAACUCUAACUCAGACUGUGAGGUGUGAGGUGAGGCAAGUCCACGGAUUCGAAAAUUCCCUACCUUUCGCAGCCCCUGUACGACCUCAAGCAGACGGGCGAUGUCAAGUUCGGUCCGGGCACCCGAUCGGCGCUCCUCGGCCUCCUGGGCGGCGCCCUGCCCAAGCUCUCCUCGGAGCAGCACGACCUGGUCAGCAAGGCCAAGAAGUACGCCAUGGAGCAGAGCAUCAAGAUGGUGCUCAUGAAGCAGACGCUGGCCCACCAGCAGCAGCAAUUGGCCACUCAGCGCACGCAGGUUCAGCGACAACAGGCACUGGCCCUCAUGUGCAGAGUCUACGUGGGCAGCAUUUCGUUUGAGCUCAAAGAGGACACAAUUCGCGUGGCCUUCACGCCCUUUGGUCCCAUCAAAUCAAUCAACAUGUCCUGGGAUCCCAUCACGCAAAAGCACAAGGGCUUCGCAUUUGUGGAGUACGAGAUACCCGAGGGCGCUCAGCUGGCGUUGGAACAGAUGAACGGAGCCCUGAUGGGCGGCAGGAACAUCAAGGUAGGCCGACCCAGUAACAUGCCACAGGCCCAGCAGGUGAUCGACGAAGUGCAGGAGGAGGCCAAGAGCUUCAACCGCAUCUACGUGGCCUCCAUCCACCCCGAUCUAUCCGAGGAGGACAUCAAGAGCGUCUUCGAGGCCUUCGGUCCGAUCCUCUACUGCAAGCUGGCUCAGGGCACCUCACUGCACACGCACAAGGGCUACGGCUUCAUCGAGUACGCUAACAAACAGGCAAUGGACGAGGCAAUCGCCAGCAUGAAUCUCUUUGAUUUGGGAGGACAGCUUCUCAGAGUGGGUCGAUCUAUAACGCCGCCGAAUGCCCUGGCCUGUCCCACAACAAACUCCACGAUGCCCACGGCUGCGGCAGUGGCUGCAGCGGCAGCAACGGCAAAGAUCCAGGCUCUGGAUGCGGUGGCCAGCAAUGCGGUUCUCGGUUUGUCGCAAAACACACCGGUUAUGGCAGCUGGAGCCGUGGUCACCAAGGUGGGGGCAAUGCCAGUGGUUUCGGCAGCGACGUCGGCGGCUGCACUGCAUCCGGCUUUGGCCCAAGCCGCUCCUGCUCUUCUUCCGCCCGGAAUAUUCCAGGCACCAACUCCGGUGGCUCCCAGUCUGCUUGGAGUUCCUGCUGGCCUGCAACCUCUACAGGCGGUGGUGCCCACUCUUCCGCCGCCCGCCCUUCUGGCCACACCCACCCUGCCCAUGACCGUCGGCGGUGUUGGUGUGGGCAUAGUGCCCGCUGUCGCCACUCUGACGGGAGCGGAGGCCAGCAAUGGAGCAGCAGCUGCUGCCGCACUCUCUGCCGCUGCGAAUAAUGCCGCUGUCACGGCAGCAAACCUCUCGGAGAACAUCAAGAAGGCGCACGAGAAGCAGCAGGAGGAGCUGCAGAAGAAACUGAUGGAUGAGGGCGACGUGCAGACGCUGCAGCAGCAGGAGAACAUGUCCAUCAAGGGCCAGAGCGCACGGCAGUUGGUGAUGCAGCGACUAAUGCGGCCGGUGGACUCACGUGUUAUCAUCCUGCGAAAUAUGGUUGGUCCCGAGGAUGUGGACGAGACCCUGCAGGAGGAGAUCCAGGAGGAGUGCAGUAAAUUCGGCACCGUCAGCCGUGUCAUCAUCUUCAACGAGAAGCAGACGGAGAACGAGGACGACGACGAGGCGGAGAUCAUUGUGAAGAUAUUUGUGGAGUUCUCAGCAGGAGCGGAGGCCGUGCGAGGCAAGGAGGCACUCGACGGCAGGUUCUUCGGCGGCCGGAGAGUGGUGGCCGAGCUUUACGACCAGGGCAUCUUCGAUCAGGGAGAUCUGUCCGGUUAGAAGGGAGCUGUGGAUGUGGAUUCGUGGCUCCCCCGACAUUUGUUCUGUCAUUUUUUACGUAGCACCUAAAACGCAAACGAUGCAAGUUUAUUAUUUAUUACGCCAGUCCGAAAACAAUCCACCAUUGUUAUGCGGCACGGCAGCCAGUUUAUACAAUACGAUUAUGAUGAUUCUGCAACGCAGUGAUUUAGUCUUAAAGAAAAGAAGUAUCCCCGUAGCGCUGCCGCUCGGAACAAGAGAACCACAAUUUAGAUCCCAACCAAGCACACCGCGGACGACUAAUAACGUGUACAUUUACAUUUGAUUAAUUUCAGCGCUUAACUUACGAAAUAAACUAUAGUUUCCCAUUCAA